AUGCAUUCAACAUUAUAUCUAUUUUCUAAACAAAUCAACAAAAGAUUACAACAUAUUGAAAAGGCGUCAAGAGAAAAGGCCAAAGAAAGAACCAAAGAAAAACCUCCAUGGAUGGUUAUGCAUCAUUACAAACAAGCGAUGAGUGGUUUAUAUGCAGGCGAAACAAUUAAAUUUGGUGAUCAGGUUUCGAAAUUUGGCAAUAGAUCUCGUCGCUCCUUUAAACCAAAUGUCCAAAAGGUCAAGUUAUAUUCUGUGGCUCUUGAUGAACGUAUAAGAAUCAAAUGUACUACAACAGCUCUAAAACAUAUUGAUUUAAAAGGUGGUUUGGAUAGAUAUUUAUUGACAAUGAAGGAUGACAAGUUAGGUAAAAAAAUGUAUGACUUGAAACUUAAAAUUAUGGAUAGACUUGAAGAAGAAAAGAAAAGGCUAGCGGAAUUAGAUGGGAGAUUAUUGGAUAAUGAUGACAAUUAG